GCUUCUUCCGUUUGGACGCAGUGCGCAUGCUCCCUCUUGAGCGUGAAUCAUCUUGACGUGUAUAGACUCUUUGCUGGUACCAAGCUAGCUGUACGCAUUUAGGAGCGCCGUUUAUUUCUCGCGUUAUAUGUCCGUUUUCAAGUGAUGUCAGAAUCCCGUUUGUGUUCGUGAACAUGUCCGUCCCGGAGAAACGCGGCGUUCCUUCCCGCCAGCGCGUUCCGUCCACACCGCCCUCUUCCUCGGUUUCCCUCGUGUCCGCCGCCUGAAGCCCGCCAGAGGGAUGAGCUCAGACGGGGCAGAGGCGCAGGGCGACUGCGGCUCCCGGCGGGAAUGGCCGCUGCUGCUCUGGACCUCCCUGGCCGUCGUGGUUCCGGUCGCCUUCGUUCUGUGGUGCAGCGCGCGGCGCUCCAAGCGGAAAAGCUCCAUGGAGGAGUUCUUUCGGAAGAGCAAGCACGGCUGGCACUACACGGACCUGUUCAACAAGCCCACCUACUGCUGCGUCUGCGCCCAGCACAUCCUGCACGGCGCCUUCUGCGAGUGCUGCGGCGUGUGCGUGGACGAGCAGUGCCUGCGCGGGGCGGACCGCAGCAUGCCGUGCAAAGAGAUCAUGGCCCCGUGUGGCCCCGGAGGGUCCGCGGAGCACCGCUGGGUCCGGGGGAACGUGCCGCUGGCCAGCUACUGCGCAGUGUGCAAGCAGCAGUGCGGGACGCAGCCCAAGCUCUGCGACCACAGGUGCGUCUGGUGUCAGACGACCGUUCACGAUGACUGCAUGGACAGCCUUUCCACUGCGGACGUUUGCGACUUGGGCGAAUUCCGCAGCCUCAUCAUCCCCCCCCACUACCUCUACCAGGUCAGCAAGCUCCGCCGCCGCCACCCAGACGAGUUCAGCAAGCUGGGCGCCACCUGCGGCGGUGGCUGGAAUCCCAUCCUGGUCUUGGCCAACACGCGCAGCGGUAACAACAUGGGGGAGGCCCUGCUGGGAGAGUUUCGCACCGUCCUCAACCCCGUUCAGGUGUUUGACCUCUCCGUGCUGCCGCCAACCAAAGCCCUGCAGCUGUGCAACCUCCUGCCCCCCGGCAGGGUGCAGGUGCUGGUGUGCGGGGGGGACGGCACCGUUGGGUGGGUUCUGGAUGCCAUCGAUGCCAUGAAGCUGAAGGCUCAAGACCAGUUUAUCCCCAGAGUGACCAUCCUGCCUUUGGGAACCGGGAACGACCUCUCCAACACGUUGGGGUGGGGGGCCGGGUACGCCGGGGAGAUUCCCGUGGAGCAGGUUCUCCGCAACAUCCUGGAUGCUGAAGUGGUGCAGAUGGACAGGUGGAAAGUUCAGGUGGCUUCAAAGGGAGUCUACUUUCGUAAACCAAAGGUCCUGUCCAUGAACAACUACUUCUCCGUGGGCCCCGACGCCCUGAUGGCGCUGAACUUCCACGCGCACCGCGAGAAAACGCCCUCCUUCUUCUCCAGCCGCAUCAUAAAUAAGGCCGUGUACUUCCUCUACGGCACCAGAGAUUGUUUGGUGCAGGAAUGUAAAGACCUGGAUAAGAGGAUUGAGCUGGAGCUGGAUGGAGAACGGGUGGAGCUGCCCAGUCUGGAGGGCAUCAUCGUCUGUAACAUCGGCUACUGGGGGGGAGGCUGCAGACUCUGGGAGGGGAUGGGAGAUGAACCCUGCCCCCCCACUCGGCUGGACGAUGGUUUGCUGGAGGUGGUGGGCGUGUUCGGCUCCUUCCACUGCGCACAGAUCCAGGUCAAGAUGGCCAACCCUGUGCGGCUGGGCCAGGCGCACACUGUCAGGCUGGUUCUGAAGAGCUCCACGAUGCCGAUGCAGGUGGACGGCGAGCCGUGGGCGCAGGGUCCCUGCACCAUCACCAUCACCCACAAGACCCAGGCCCUGAUGCUGUACCACAGCUCCGAGCAGACAGACGACGAAGAGGACGAAACCAGCGCCUCGGAGGCGGAGAGCCUCACCCCUCAAGAUUCUCCCAGACCCCCCUGGUCGCCGGCGAAUCCAACUUGAGCCCUCGCCCAAACGUAACUCCUCGUAGUCGUUCCUCCUCGCUUGCUUAAGUUCUCCCAGUCUAGGAUGUAUUCAUAGAGCUCAGGCAGUUUCCAGGAGAGAAUUCGAUCAGAGAGCAGUUGAUUUGCACUGACGCUUCGUGCCAUUGAAGACUUCACUGUAUUCAUUGAAUCGGAAGGCCUGUCGGCAUCAGGAUCUUCACCCGUGUCCAGGUGACCUGCGAAGCCAUUUCUAAAUGAGCAGCAGCUAAUCCACAGGGAAUCCUUAAAGCCUGUUUCAAAAACAGAAAUAUUUUACUGUUGAAUUUUCUAAAAAAGAAAAAGGAAAACCGUCUGAUUAUAAAAAUGAAAACAUUUUUUAAUCCAUAACUUUACUAAAAGUGUCGUGCCACGCCAAAUUCUGAUGUGCACUUGUGAGUUGGCCUGAAGACGGACGAACCUCUGCAGGGAAGAGUCAAACACUGACAUCGGUGCGCCGCUUUACGUCCUCCACGAGCGGCGGAAUGGCAGCCGCACCGUUCCGUUUCACGGCCAAGUGACCGCAGAGGAGCAGAGCUCAGGCUCGGUUCAUCCUCCUGCGGCAGCAAACGUGGCGCCGCGCCGCGGACGCCCGUCUGUCCCGUUUCUGUACUUCUGCUGACAGCCUCAAGGUGGAAAACUGCACGGUUUGUUUUUCCUGUGCGGAGGUCAGAUUUCUGUUUACCGAACAGGGAUCAGCUGUACCUGUGGUUCCUGUCGAAUGUCUUGUUGCCCUUUGUUUACUCCACAGGUUUGUGACACUGAAUCAGCUUAAAUGUAACUGCAAACCGAAGCCAUCUGAGAAGAACUAUUCAAAGAUGAUGUGUGCUGUACAGUCAGGUUUAUUGUGACAGUUGAACGCUCAUGAAAUAGUCUGUAUUUCCACGCCAGCUCUCGCUUCGAAAGCAUGUGUUUUUGUAGUUUCCUCGUGCCGUCGUACCAAAAAGCUUCACUGUUGGAACAUUAGCUGUCAGAAAUGUGAUGAAAAUCACUUCAAUCACAGUAUUAUCCCAAUGUGUGGCCUCCACCGAAGAGCAAAGAACCUCUGUGUUUGAGGAAACAAUCAUUUGAGAGCAGUUUACAAACAGAAAUGACUGAAAUGAAUGUAAAGACGAGGGGGGGGGGCUUUGAAUCUGAAAACAUUCCCAUAAAUAUUUUCAUACAAAAGCA